GCGGCCUCGGGUCAGGGCUGAGGCGCGGCGGCACCGUGAGGCGCUGUCAGAGCCGCGUUGAGAGGGUUCGCCCAGCUCCGCACCGGGAUCCGCCGCCGCUGCCAUGGAGCCUCAUCGCUGGCUGCCGCUGGAGGCCAACCCCGACGUCACGAAUCAGUUCCUGAAACAGUUGGGUAUACAUCCUGACUGGCAAUUUGUAGAUGUUUAUGGUAUGGAACCAGAACUGCUUAGCAUGGUGCCAAGACCUGUAUGUGCAGUACUACUUCUCUUUCCAAUAACAGAAAAGUAUGAAACCUUCAGAACAGAAGAAGAAGAGAGGAUAAAAGCUAAGGGACAAGAUGUCAAAUCAUCAGUGUAUUUCAUGAAGCAGACCAUUAACAAUGCUUGUGGAACAAUUGGGCUAAUUCAUGCUAUUGCAAACAACAGAGAUAAAAUGAACUUUGAAACUAAUUCAUCACUGAAAAAGUUCCUAGAAGAUUCAUUAUCUAUGACUCCUGAAGAGAGGGCCAAAUACCUAGAAACUUACGAAGCUAUUCGUGUCACUCAUGAAUCCAGUGCCCAUGAAGGUCAGACUGAGGCACCAAGUAUAGAUGAAAAAGUAGAUCUUCACUUUAUUGCAUUAGUUAAUGUAGGUGGCCAUCUCUAUGAAUUGGAUGGGCGCAAACCAUUUCCAAUAAACCAUGGGGAAACCAGCGACGAUUCUUUUUUAGAGGAUGCAAUAGAAGUUUGCAAGAAAUUCAUGGAACGUGACCCUGAAGAAUUAAGAUUUAAUGCAAUUGCACUGUCCGCAGCUUAAAAGCCUUUUCCAGUGAGGCAACUCUAUUGCAAUGUAUUGUAAGAAUAAAACUGUUGCCAUAUGUUAAUAGUACAAAUUUUGAUACUUCCCUAACAUCUUGACUAAUUGUAGCAUACGUGGAAUAAACUUUGCAUUUGUCCUUGCUAUAUUUUGCUGCUUGUUCCUACAGCAACUUUCGGUAUUUCUAUACAGGCAUGCAUUUUGUGCAAGAUUUCUAUGUGGUGGGUUUUUUCCUUUCCACCCCCUUACAAGUUUUGGGAAUUUCUGUCUGUGAUAUUUCCUCGUAAUAAUGAUGAACUGCUUCAGAGCAGGAUUAUCAUUUGUAUCAUGCACAGGUAACAUUCUGAGUGGAGUAUGUAUGUGGUAUGGUAAUGGUUGAAAACUUGGAGUACAAGGUUAUCUCCAUCUUUUAUUUAUAAUGGUGCAAGAAUAUUAUAAGAACUUCUCCAGGUGAUUCAAGUGACAAAGAUGUUUUUUCAGUGCAUUAUUUAUAAAUAAAUAUAUGGAAGUAAAUAGGCAGAAAAAAGACUAUUCUUACUGUUGGGGAGCACUAACAUUAUAAAAUUAUCUUAAUGUUUACAUUUUGAAUAAAACUUCACUUUGUUUCUCAAGUCUAAUAAUGUUAAUAAAUUGUCAAAAAACUUCAGUUAAGCCAA